AUGGAGGCGUUGUCUAAGCUGUCUUCGGGAUUCCAUGAUUUUGCAGCUGCAGUUUCUGGCCACACCUUCACACACGACGAUGUCGGUGCACUUCCCACGCCCCCCUCGAUUCUCCCAUUGGUACCCGUCGACACCACGAUUAACAGUGGUGAUGGGAGCAGUGUCAGUGGACCUCUCAUGAACGUGAAAAUGAGCCCUGGUGGUGGGAGUGGCAGUGGUAGCGGUGAAAUAGAGGGCAAAAUGAGCUUUGUUGUCGACCAUCAACCACCUCCGAAAAAGCUCUUUUCAGAUGAUAUUCCCGUCCUCGAUCCAUUUCCGGGUUAUUAUGGUUUCGACCUAUACCGACCUUUGUGUGAAGAUGCAUAUGAUUCAGUUGAAACAAAACCCAGUACUGCUUACUUUUUUUUUAAGGACGAUCAAGGAUGGACAAAUUUAUACGCCAAAAAGGCACCCACAUGGUGGACUCUCUCCUAUUGGUGCCAACGGCAACCACCGGACGGCUGUUUCAUUCGACUCACACCCGUCUACGGCACCUCUGACAAGCAGCAGGAAGUCAUUCAAAGGUUCAUGGCGAACCAGUGUUUAGAAGACUUCAUGGUCUCUCCAACGCCAGGUCUUUCACGAUACAGUAUGAUCUUAGUUGGUAAUUCAAACGCCGAAUACUUCUACGACCCCACUACUGAGCGUCUUUGUGUCACCCUGCCAUACGAACGUCCAAAAGAAGGCUGUGAGUACAGCCAAUUUAACGGUAAAUUCACCUGCUUCAACAGCUGCCUAUACAAUGGCGGUCAAGGAAACAAGAAACCACUCUAUCUCAUCAUUACUCUGGAACGACCAAUCAAAAAUGGAUCGGCAACGGAGGGACCAUGUGAGGUACUGGGACGACAAUGCCUCAAGUUCCGCAGUUGUGCCUGUCCGAAGCGAGACAAGGACAACAACGAGAGACGCAUGGCUCAGGAUCUGGGGGAAGGAAGUCUCUCUUCAAGCAGUGUUCUCAGUUCCAAACGUCGACGUGAAGGUGUAUCUCAGAGAUCCUCUCGAAGUAGUCGUAGCAAGAACUUUCCAUCAGCAAAUGACAGUGUCGGUGGAACACCACAGUUCUUUCAACAGGAUGAAAUCUCCUCAAGUUCUGGCUACGAUGAUUUGGUGCAAAUUGAUGGCGAGUCCUUCCACCUCAUUUUGAUGCCAGCCUACCUUCCUGGAGGCGCG